UGUGAUUGGGACGGGGGCGACCCCCCUCCACCGCGAAUAUUGGCAACAUUCUUGGUGGGGUGCAGGAGGCUUCUGCUGUGUCGAAUAUGGGGAUGUUUGUCGCUGAAAUGAGUAGCGACUCGUUCCAGCUUCUUGGCAUGGCAGAAAGCCAAGAGGUCGAGGUAUGGAACGCCCCUCGUUGGGAUUAUGUUCCUCAGCUUUCGUGGAGAUUGUUGCUGCUGAAAACUUUCUCUACUGUUUUGGGAUCGAUCAACCAAGCGCCCCCGGUAAAGUUCCACUCGGGACAUUUGGAGUGAUCAUCACGUGUGUGCCUCCAGAUUUGCUCAUGUUGUUCUGUUCUGUUCUAAUAUGGCUCAUUCUACAGCCUUGCUUGAAGUACACCGGGAGGAAGCCUAAAACCUUGAAGAUUAUGUUCUGUUCCACUGAUAUAGAGCGAAAGACGAUGAUGCAGAAAGUUGGUUUUCUGAUACAUGAAGUGUCAUCAGGCAUUGCCACAACAAGACCUUCUCGUUCGCGUCUUGUCAUAUGUACUUCACAUCUUUCUCCAUUGAAUUCGCCAAUAUUUGUAAAUUCAUCUUAUCCGAUGUGAAAAUAUGACUUUGAGCUUCAAUCCACCUUUGAUGCCUGCCAAUGUCUUAGUCCAUGUCAAAGAAACCUUAAAUAAAAUAUAUGAUCAUUCCUAUGCCACAAAUAAGAAAGCUUUUCUUUGUAGUAUUUUCGGAUUCUCCAAUACUUUUGCACAUAUGUAAUAUCGAUGCUGCUGUCUCUAUUUGUUAUGUGUUAUGUUAUUUUUCAGGCGAAGCAUCAAACGCUAUCUUCUCCGUCUCCGCCAGAUAGAGAAGAGGAGAAUGGGCGCUCACCGGAAUAGCCCAAAGUCGAAGAAGAUGAAAGCAAACACUCUGAAAUCUCUUCUUGAACUUGAUUCCAUGUACAGACGUAGAAGCUCAGAGCAUUACGGGAUUCUCUCUUUAAUUUCACACUGCUCUUACACAUCCACUUUCGUCGAUCCAUCAGAAUCGCCCUCGUUGCAAUGCCUGAAGCGCGAUAAGCUCAUCAAGCUUCUCUCUCUGCUAAAGCCAAUGAGAGACGGUCCAUGCCUGCCCGAUGAAGUCCUCUCGCCCCUCUUCUCUAUGAUACAGGACCACCUCUUCCGGCGCCUCCCGCCUCCCAGCACCUCCAUCUUGCUAGACGAAGACGACCUCAUUGCCACCCCGGCUGCCACCUGGCCCCACCUCCAGCCGGUCUACGACAUCCUCCUCUGCCUAGUCACCAACAUGGAGCCUAAAACGCUAGGGGAGUAUAUCAAGGACUCCUUCAUUCUCAACCUGCUAGCGCUCUUCAAGUCCGAUGACGUGAGGGAACGAGAGAGCUUGAAGAAAUUGUACCACCAGAUAUACUCCAAGUUCCAUGGCUCGAGAUCUUUCAUGAGGAAAGCGAUGAACGAUGUUUUCUUGCAUUAUACGUUCGAGGGUGAUGAGAAGCAUGCGGGGAUUGGGGAUUUGCUGGAGAUAUUGGGGACGAUCAUUAAUGGGUUUAGCGUCCCGUUGAAGGAGGAGCAUAGGCUUUUGUUGAUGAGGGUUCUGAUGCCGCUGCACCGGCCUAAAGGGAUGCAGGCGUAUCACAAGCAGUUGGCUUACUGUGUGCAUCAGUUUGUGGAGAAGGAGCCGGUGCUCGGGGUGGCUGUGGUUAGUGGGAUUCUGCGAUAUUGGCCGACGACCAACUGCCACAAAGAAAUUGUGCUGAUAGGAGAGUUGGGAGAUUUGGUUGAGAACAUGGAGACUGAGGAGUAUAAGGCUAUUGCUUUGCCUUUGUGCAAACGGAUAACAAAGUGCUUCAACAGUCAAAACUCGCAGGUUGCAGAACGAGCGCUCUACAUGUGGAACAACGAGCGGUUUGUGAAGAUGGCGUUGCAAGCCGAAGCAGUAGAGGAGGUGUUGUCCGUGGUAGUGGAAGGAAUGGAGGAGAACGUGAGAGGGCAUUGGAGCAAAAGCGUGCGGCAGCUGACACACAGUGUGAAGGAGAUGCUGGUGGAGAUGGAGCCUGUGCUCUACGCCCGGUGCCUAGUGCAGCUCGAUCACAGACACUUGGAGGCGGAGGCGGAGGCGGAGACGAAGCGGAAACAGAGGUGGGAGAGAGUGGAAAUGGCAGCGAAACUCAACCAAUUCAUCCUAGAGUCUCUCAGAUCAGGCCUUCCCGAUUAAAUAAAUAGACUCGAUGGUGUGUGUUUUUGUAUGAUAGAUUGCAUCACUUAUAUAUAAUUGGAAGCCUAUCUUAACCGAGUUCUCUCAUUAUUAUUAUGCGCUUGAUAGAAGAGCUAAACAAUUUUUGGAAAUAUGUGAAAUCGUUGGUCAUAACAUAUGGCUUUAAUGAAUGUCAAACAUAGGCACAUUAAAUAAGUUGAUAAAUAAAGGAAAGCUUAAGAAAUUGCACUGCUUAUAGUUAUAGAUGAACGAAAGCAUAUUCCCACUUAUUUAUGAUGAUGAUGAUGAUGAUGAUGAUGAUGAUGAUGAUGAUGAUGAUGAUGAUGAUGAUGAUGAUGAUGAUGAUGAUGAUGAUGAUGAUGAUGAUGAUGAUGAUGAUGAUGAUGAUGAUGA